AUGCUGUGGAAAGCGCGUCUCGCGCUGCUGCUGUUCUAUUGUUGUGGAUCGUGCAGCUGGGCGCGCGAGCAGCAGCCCGAGUCCAGCGAAGAGCCGGCGCGCGCAGACACGCACUGGGCGCCCGCGACUGAAGUGCUGGAGUUCGGCUACGUCCCGUCCGUGGUGUACGAGACGCACGCGUACUAUGAGCCGGGAGCCAUCGGCCUCCUCUUCCACAUGGUGCACGCGUUCCUCUACGCCGUGCAGCCCAACCCCUUCCCCAAAGACCUCAUUGUAAAACUUCUACAGCAAAACAUGGGAGGAAUUAAACCAGAGGAGCUCCAGAAGCCUGAGAACGUUGUCCUAACACUACAGGCUAUUUACUAUGAGAUAGGCUUCAUCGUGCUGGCGGUGUUGGGGGUUUUGUUUGUGAUGCUUAUGCCGCUGGUGGGCUUUUUUUUCUGCCUGUGCCGCUGCUGUGAGAACUGUGGAGGAGAAAUGCAUCAGAGACACCGCAAGAACGCUGACUGCCAGCGGGGCUUUUAUACAGCCAGCCUCAUUGCUUCAUCUAUCUUCAUCACAGUGGGUGUGCUAGUUGCCUACACAGCGAACCAUAAUAUCACCACCCGGAUCAAAAGCACCAGAAGACUUGUCAGCACGAACAUAAGAGACUUGAAAUCAUUCGCCAAUUAUACACCAGCGCAAAUAGAUUACCUGACUGCACAGUACACAACAGCCAAGAAUAAAGUACUCUCAGAUUUAGACAACAUUGGGCCUUUACUGGGUGGCCGAAUACACAACCAGCUGGAGAAAGAAGUGGUGCCUGCUUUAGACAACGCCCUACGCAUGACAGGAGCAAUGCGGGAGACUAAGGAGGCUCUAGAAAGUGUAAGUACGUCUUUGGAGACCCUGCAAGACGGGACAGGGAAGCUGCAGAGGUCCCUGCAGUCCGAGCGUGCUUCACUCUCAAACACUCUCAACGAUCCAGCCUGCAGCAACGGAGAUGUCUCACACACGUGCAACAACGUUAGAGGCACGCUCAGCCAGCUUGCUAUCAGUGCCAACUUUAAUGGGCUCCCUGAUGUAAGCCCCCAACUGACAAAUCUAGAAACCGUGAUGAGGACUGACCUCAGCUACAUCGUACAGAAGGGUUACUCUGCUUUUAAUGACACUCCUAGGAUGGUGAGCGAACAGACAAGAGGCGUUGUGUCAACCCUGCCAAGGGUGAAAGCUUUGUUGGAUAAGUCAGGUGCAGAGAUUGUUGGCUUCACUAAGAUGUUCCCGGUGGAACCAGCACUAGAGAACUUCACCAAGUUCCUCACAGAAGGACAGAAGAACAUUGAGGCAUACUAUCCUCAGAUAGACCAGUUUGAUUUCUACAGAUGGAUCGCUUGUGUUGUGGUGUGCUGUAUGCUGGUGCUGAUCCUGGCCUUCAACUUCCUGGGAUUGAUGUGUGGAUCAUGUGGCUAUGAUAAGAACGCCACCCCCACCACACGAGGCUGCCUGUCAAACACUGGCGGCAAUCUCCUCAUGGCAGGUGUCGGGUUCAGCUUCAUCUUCUCCUGGAUUUUGAUGGGAGUUGUAGUCACUACGUUUGUUGCUGGAGGCAACAUGGAGAAGCUUGUGUGUGAGCCUCUGGCCAACAGACAGCUGUAUAAGGUGAUAGACACACCAUACUUGGUCCAUCCAGGUAAAAAGAACUUUCUCCCUGGAUUGCUGUUUCAAGACCCCAACCUUGAACUUACCAUUGGCAGCCUGUACAGGGAUUGUUAUGAGAAUAGCGGCAUAUAUGCUGCAUUACAACUGGAGAACAAGUUCAACUUCAUUAGGUUUAUCAAUGCAACAGUGUAUAAUCAGGAGCUGGCUAAUAUAUUUGGUGGAGUGAAAGUGGACCUGCAAGGAAUAAUACUACUAGAGCAAGAGGGCAAAGACAACCUCAUUAACUUUGCUAAUACAGGCCUUGGAGAAAUCAACUACCAGGCUUACCUUUCAGAGGUAAAUAAAGGAGUGACUGUUGUGGAUCUUCUGUCUUUUGCGAAUGAACUGGAGGCCCAGGCCGACCAUCUGCCCCGUGGAGCUCUGGGGAAUGCACUGAAGGGUCACGCAAGCAGCAUCAGACAGAUCCAUAAAGAACAAGUGUUGCCCAUGGAGCAAGCUAUGAGUUCUCUCAGUCAAAGUAUCACGUUACUUCAGACCACUUCCAGAGAGCUUCCUGCUAAAGUGACCAACGUGCUGAGUGCCAUUGAUGCAGCUGAGUAUCUCAUUGCCAACAAUGCCUCACAUGUUGUCAAACAGGAGACAGAAAAAUACAUCAAGAACCUGGUGGGAUACUUCAGGCAGUACACUAACUGGGUCCAGAAUUCGUUAACAUUGGAGGUGGCUCAGUGUAAACCAAUUAGCAACAUCAUAGACUCUCUGGAGAUUGUUGGCUGCAGUUUUAUAGUGGACUCAGUGAACACAUUCUGGUUUGGUCUAGGUGGCUGCUGUUUGUUCCUUAUCCCCAGUAUCAUCAUGUCGGUCAAACUUGCCAAAUUCUACCGCAGAAUGGACACUGAGGACGUAUUCGAUGAGUGA